CCCGGAGGAUGCGGCGCGCCCAGGAUGCUGCCGCGCCUGGUAGUGCCGCUGGCGGUGCUCCUCAGCCUGCGCCUCUGCUCCGGCGCGCACGGUAAGGAUCGCAGCCCGGCCCUCCCCUGCCCGCUCCGCGCUCGCCCGGCUGGGCUGUGUGCGUGUCCACACGCGACCCCCGCCUUUCGUCGCCCCUACAUUAAAGUUGUGCGCUCCACGGGGAACCCCGUCUGGCUGUCCCUCCGGGGAGAGGGGAGUCCAUUGUCCAACACCCCCCCACCCCCGGAAGCUCCCUCAUUCCGGCAAGCCUGAGUCUUAGGCUCCCCGUUGUGGAAGGGUAAGAGCAUUAAAUUGAUGGGGGGUAAGGGGGUGGAUAGAGAAGUCAGUUAACACCCCCGCGCCCGGCUUAUUGUCCAUCCACUUCCAGGCCGAUCAGAAAUUUAGCCUUGGCCUUUUUUGUUGUUGUUCUCGGCCAGCUAAGACUGCUUCCCCCCCUGGGGAAUGACUUUGAUUUCCCCAUCUGACUCCACCUUCCCUUAGAGGUCCACUUAACCUGUUUCUUCCCCGUGCCAUGCCCUGGCUCAUCCCAGCUCUUUCCCCUCACUAUCACCUGUGGCUCCAUCUGAUCAUCCCCUGCUUCUUCUUUAGCCCCUAACGUGCUCCCACUGCCACCUGCCUCCCCCUACCUCCUCCCACCCCUUAGCUCAGUCUUCUAACCCAGCCAGCUGUCCCGGAAAGUUUCUGCAGGGGAGCCGAGACGAGCCUGGAGAGAGAAUGAAAGGGCAGCGAGGUGGCGGCAGGGAGAGCAGGGACUGAAACCGCGUCUACACCAAAAUACAAAGUAAAACAUGCAGUCAGCCGUUCACAUGAUCGAGAGCUGAGUCGGGGACACGCAGCCCAAACACCACAGAGACCCGCUGCAUUUUUCACUUUCCAUCCAAUGUUCUGAAAUCGAAACACAGCCUUGAGGAUCAAAGACAUUGUAAGAAAGAAAGAAAGAAAGAAAGAAAGAAAGAAAGAAAGAAAGAAAGAAAGAAAGAAAGAAAGGGACAGGGGAAAUAUACUCUGUGCGAAUGACAACUCUAGAAGAAGUAUUACUACAGAUGGUGAGAAACUAGAGAACAAAGGAAGCCUGGGAGAGUGGCUGGCAGACUGAGAGACAUUAAGGGAUCAAGGAGGAGAGAAGAGGGAUUGACUGGGUAUUGGCCUUGACCUACCUCAUUGCACUUGAGUGGCAAGACUCUCAGCAUAGGUGUAUUUAUUACAUUCUUACAAACGAGAGGUCUGGUGAAGUUAAGUAAUUUGCCCAAGUCACCCUGGCAAGUUCAUUUGAGGCCUCCUGAAGUUGGAGUUUCCCCCUGGUGAAUGGGAGGAGCAAAGGGCGGAAGAUGGGAGUUCGGCUGUGGCAUUGAGUAUCUCGCCGUGGAGCCAAGGGUGCUGGCUCUGGGUGGAAAUGCCGUCAGCCCCGUGUAGAACCAAAACUGCUUCGUUCUGUCAGCCAGCCUAAAGCCCUUCUAGAAGCGGGGGAAUGGGGCAAGCACUCAGCUUGGGACUGCCCAGGAGAGCUGUGAAGAGAAACAGAUGCCAACAAGCAGGACAUCUGUGUACCCCCAAGAACUGCAGAGAGGAGGCCUGGGGCUGGAGCCAGACCCAUCUGGAUUCACCCUGACCCUCACUCACUCCAUUGGCCUUGGGCAAGUCACCUAACCUUUCCGUAAAAUUGGAGUACUAGAUGCCUACCCUGGAGGGCUGCUGGGAUAAUUAACUGACACAACAUAGAAAAAGUACUUAGCAGAGUGCUCAGCUCAAAGGACUCGAUAAAUGGAGGCUGUAAGAUUGAUGGCCACCGUCAGCCUCGUUAUCCCCGGGAGGCGGUCUCCACCAACUCUGAUAUCCACACUCUUUGCCCCAGGAACAGAACUUCCCAGCCCUCCAUCUGUGUGGUUUGAAGCAGAAUUUUUCUCCCAUAUCCUCCACUGGACUCCCAUCCCGAAUCAGUCAGAAGGCACCUACUAUGAAGUGGAGCUUCUGAGGUAUGGAAGAGACUCCUGGGAGUCCACCCCCAGCUGUAACCAGACCCUGGUGCUGUCCUGUGAUCUCACUGUUAUGACCCUGGACCUGUACCACGACAGUAGCUACAAAGCCAGAGUCCGGGCAAUGGCUGGAAACCGGUACUCCAACUGGACCAACACCAACACCCGCUUCUCCCUGGAUGAAGUGACUCUGAUGGUUAGCGUGAAGCUAGAGGUGGACAACGGCAUCAUCCUCGGGCGGAUCCAGCUCCCCAGGCCCAGGAUCGCCCCUACGGGCGACACUUACGAAAGCAUCUUCCAACACUUCCGAGAGUACGAGAUUAAGCUGCGCAAGGUGCCGGGGAACUCUACGUUCAUAAAGCAGAAGAUAAACCGUGAAACCUUCAGCCUCUCACCUCCUGGAGAACUGGGAGAAUUCUGUGUCAAGGUGAAGCCAUCUGUGGCCUCCCGAGUGAACAGGGGGCUGUGGUCCAAGGAAGAGUGCAUUGUGCUUACCCGACAGUAUUUCACCGUGACCAACCUCAUCAUCUUCUUCACCUUCGUCCUGCUGCUCUGCGGAGCCCUGGCCUACUGCCUGGCCCUCCAGCUGUACGUGCGACGCCAGAGGAAGCUGCCUACCGUCCUGGUCUUCGGGAAGCCCCAUCCGUUCAACUUGGUCCUCCAGCUCCCCUGCCCAGAGCCCCAGGACACCAUCCAUCCCCUUGACGAGGGGGCCUUCCCCAAAGUGUCCGCGGAGCUGAAGAACUCAGAACUGCACGGCAGCACGGACAGCGGCUUUGGCAGUGCGAAGUCAUCCCUGCAGAAUGAGGGGUCCCAGUUCCUCCUGCCGGUCCCCCACCCCCAGGCGGCGGGGACUGUGGGAAAGGGGGCGCCCCGGGAGCCGGAGAGCAGCCGCAGCGGUGGCAGCAACAACAGCACAGACAGCGGGAUCUGCUUGCAGGAGCCCAGCCCGAGUCCUGGCACCGGACCCCACUGGGAGCAGCGGGUGAGGAAGAGCAGCCAGGGCCAGGACGACAGCGGCCUCGGUCUAGCCCAAAACUCAGAAGGGCAGCCUGGGGAUGUGCAGGGGGUCUCAGACUUGGGCCGUGUCAAUCCCCCAGGGCCUGAGGUGCCUGGGGAGGAAGACCCAGCCUCAGUGGCAUUCCGGGGCUACCUAAAGCAAACCAGAUGCACACAGGAGAGAGCAACCACGGCAGGCUGCCUGGAGGAAGAGCCCGCCUCGACAGAUGGCCUCGGCCCCAAGUUCAGGACAUGCCUGGAUGCCGAGGCAGGCUGGCCCCCGCUGGCCCUGGCCAAGGGCUAUUUGAAACAGGACCCAGGAACAACUCGCCCUGCAUCAGGGACCCCAACCGGACAGUGGAGUCGACCAACUGAGGAGUGGUCACUUCUGGGUUUGACCAGCUCCAGGGACCUAGGAGCAUCUGACUGCAACUUGGCCCAUGACCUGGCCCCUCUGGACUGUAUGGCAGCCCCAGGUGGUCUCCUGGACCGCUUUGACUCAAACCUGGUCACUCUGCCUCUGAUCUCCAGCCUGCACUCGAAUGAGUGACUCAGGCUAAGGGGCUGCUUUUGAUGUCAGCCGUGCCCUUCCUGGACCAGGAGGAGGGGCCGCAGGGGUCAGAAGUGACUCAUGAGGCCAGUGUGAGCACUCUUCUGCAAGUUCCGGAGGUCCAGCCCUCGCCAGGCCCAGCAGGGCUGCCUGAGGUGCCCAGGGCAGAAAGAGGCUAUCUCGUUAUACUAUUGCAGGGUAUCCAGAUGGCACUGGCCGGUUAUGCAGACAGGGCCCCAGAGACUCUGGCAGGACCAGGAAGGGCAGGGCGGAGAUCUCCCUUCUAGGGGCUCUUCCUAUACUGUAAAAGAGUCUUUGCUCGGGGGAAUCAUAGGGUUUUCUGGAAAUGUGGUGAGGCCAGCUAUGGUGGUGAGGGCACCAAGCUGAAGUCGGUUCAGACCCAGCCCUCCCUCUCAGGCUAACCAUGUGCCAGGGCCUCCAGCAGGAUGCAGUGCUGGGAGGGUGGGGGCUUCAGAGCCUCCCUGCAGGGUCAUUUCUAGGAGGAAACAGGAGGACCCGGAGAUCAGGUGUGGUCUCUAGGAUGGUCACACGGAGAAUCUUCCAGACUGGCAGUCCUCCCAGGCGGGGAGCUUGUCACAGAAGAUCUUCAGAUGAAUCUGCCCUGGUCAGCCAGUCUACCAACCACCAUUAUGGAGCCAUAAGGGGACGAAGCCCCCAUGUCCAAGCCACUCACUACCCCACCCUGUGGCCUCCACCAUCUUGCUGACAGCACUGGAGAAGCCGUGGCUAUUUGUACCGGUCACUGGUCGAAACUCAGCCCUCCAGGUUGUCUGUGGACUUGGGCACCAGCUCGCCUGCCCCAGAGGGUCCGGGUUGGGACCUGCACUUGCGUUUACUGCUAACACCCAGCUCCAGACCCACAAGACAUGUCACUGCUCUCUCAGGGUUCAGCUGUGUGCGCUGGGACCAGCCACAGUUGGAAUAAGGACUCAGUCUCCAGGGGGCCCCUCCCCGCUGGACGUUAACCAAGCUGGCCUCGGGGGUGACUCCGGCCCGGUGUGAGCCUGGGCUGGGAAGAAGCAGACCGUAGAACCCACGUCUGCAGAGAACCAGCUUCCUUCUCACGCUGAGGACUAACAGAUUUAGCAAAAGUCCACGGUGUCACGCUGAGAGAACCAUCAGAGAACCUGGGCCCAGAAAGGGGGCGGCUGUGGGCCCUGCGUCCCCACACUCGGGGUUAAGAUUCUGUCUUCAAAGCCAGUUUACAGUCUAUGGGCAAGGAAGCUGGGAGGGGUGACAGGCCUGAUAGCCGCCCCCGAAGAGUCGCCACUCGGCCCUACAUCUUUCUGUGGCAUUCCAAGAAUAGACAAGCGGCUCAGAGAAUCCAGCCAGAACCGCCCCUGCUCCCCCACCACACUCUACCAAGAGGUUCUCAGGUAUCUGAUGACUCCCUCUGCACACUGAAGCUUGAGGAGUUCCUCAGGGUUCCCUCGGAAGGUUUAUUUAUUUAUCUUGUUCCCUUAUUUAUUGAAGAGAGAGCACCGUACCAUGAAAGAAUUCUGGGUAUUUCAAGAACCCGGUUCUGACCCCCCUGGUUCCAGUUCUGACCCCACUGUGCGUAGCAUUUCCUCAUCUGUAAACUGAAGCGCCUCGGAUUCCUCAUCUGCAAAUCUAGAAAACCAUGCCUGAUGCGUUUCAUUCACAGGGACGUGAGUUUCCACCGAGGGGGUGGGUAUGAACGGGUCUUAAAAGAAAAGCUCUGUACGUCAGUGGUGUAUGUUUUUUUUAUUUCAAUAAAUUGUCAGGACCACA